UACGGGUCGAGGAGCCUCCCUGGCCGUGUCCUCGCGAAUGUGACGUCAUAGUAAACAAACAUGGCAGACCUGCUGGUGAAGAAACUGACAGCCGAGGAUUACAACGCCGAGAAGUAUGUGCUGCACCUCAGUCAGAACAGUGUGGGGGACCAUGAGUUGCGGGAGCAGCGAAAGACUAUCCAACACCUGGCUGAGGAGACCAAUGCACAGCUCAAGCGGAAUGUCUACAUGAACUAUAUGCAGUUCAUCGACACUGCCAAGGAAAUAUCAUACCUGGAGAGUGAGAUGUACCAGCUGUCUCAUCUCAUCACAGAGCAGAAGUCACUCCUCACCUCACUCCUGGAACUCUCCAUCACCGGGGAGCGAGGGCCCGGCAGUGCAGCACAGGAAAUGAUUGAAGUCAAUCCACAAGAGUUGAAACGGAUGCAGAAUCGUGAAAACAGGAAGAAGUUGACUGGAUUACUAGAGAAAAUUGAAGGUUGCUCACACGUGAUGGAGGUGGAGGACCGCUGCCUGGUGUUUGAUGGUGAUCUGGUGGAGCUCAAGCAGGAUGACUACACAGCCAAGCAGCGGAUUCAUGCCUACCUCCUCAAUGACUCCCUCAUGAUUGCCUCAUGGCUCAGCCACAGACGUGGGCCUGUGCGCUACGAGUUUGAAGUGCUGUACCCACUGGAUCAAGUGCUACCCGUAAACAUUAAGGACCGCGGCAACACCAAGAAUGCCUUCAAGGUGCUCAUCUUCCCUGACACUCGUGUCUUCAUGGCUCCCACUGCCAAGUCCAAGCAAGACUGGCUUGACGAGAUAGAGCGCACCAAGGCCAAUAAGGUGACGGUGGACAAGCAGAAUGUGGAACGAGCACAGCAGCAGCAACAGAGGGAACGACAAGUCUCCCUUAGCAAGGAGGACUCACUGGAGAGCACCAACCCAUUUGGGGAGGAUGACGACAGCCUUAACCCAUUCAUGGAGGCCCAGCCGCCCUCCCUGGGACUGCCUGAGUGGGUCCUGGAGCUGCCGGAGGACCUGGACGAGGCCAUUGCACAGCGUGAUUUUGAGAAGGCCGUGAAGUUGGUGGACAGCGGGAGGGAGUAUUUUGACUCCUCUCCCAAGAUCCCUGCCUACAGUGAGAUGAGGCGUGCCUUAGAGAGUCGAGUCAAGAGUCUGGUGGAGGUGCUUCAAGCUGAGCUGCGAGUCACUCCAGACAGGAGCCUUCAGGGAGGCCCCAGAGCAGCUCGGAGAGCCACCACUCUCUUGGUCAAACUCAACAAGUCCAGUCAGGCUUGUGAGUUGUUCUUGGGCCACCGGGGAGCCAUCCUGAAGGCGGGGCUGAAGCGUCUCAGGCUUGAAGGCAAGACUGUGCUUUAUGUGCGACAGUUGUGCUCAAUUUUCUUCCACAACCUCCUGGAGACUGCCAGAGAGUUCACCAAGGCCUUCUUUUCCAACCCCAGUUGCACCUCAGCUUUUGUGGUGUGGGCACAUGGGGAAGUGAACAACUUUGCCUCCAUGUUUUCCCGUCAUGUGUUCACCACUCAGUCUGCUCUCACCACUGUGGCAGAAUGUGUCCGUCGUGCUGAUCGCCACUGUCAGCAGUUGGCUGACAUAGGGCUGGACCUCACCUUUGCCCUCCACAUUCUACUGCUGAGGGAUGUGGAAAAGUGGAUCUGUGAUGGUAGGGACAAGCUGGUGGAGGCCGUCAAGCUGAGAGGACAAGAGGACACUUGGAAAACACUUAAAUAUGAGAACAAGGAGCAACUCAACAAAUUUAUUGAGGAUAUGAAUGACAUUGGAAUAGCCAGCAUUGAGAAAUAUGUCAUGGAUGAGCUGUGUGUGGGGCUAACAGACAACACAGUGCAGUUCAGCCGAGCAUUCCUGUCCUACCUGGAAGACAUGCUGAGGCUCUUUUGGCCAGAGACUGAACGGCUUAUCAAUGAAUCUCUCACUGCAAUUUUUUCUGCCCAGCUGAGGCACUGUCAGGUGUCCCUCACAGAGCCACUCUUCAAGAAUGAAGUUCCUGCCAUCCGGCGUAACAGUGCCUUCCUACUUGAUGUGAUCCUGACCCUUGGGGAACAUCGCUAUGCUGAGGAAGUCAGCCACACUCACCCCAGCCUCCCUUCUCUGCAUGCCCUGCGGCCUGCCCUCACAGGAGAAGCCACCUCAGCCUCCAAUGCUUCCACUUCAGCUCCUACCAUCAGUAAAUAUGAAUCUAAUUUCAUAUGAUAGGAACCUGACACAUUCCACUGUGGAGCCUAUGUGCUUUAAGGGUAGUCUUGCAGGUUUGUUAACUAUGUGUGUAGUCACAAAUUAUUAUUUUUUACCCCGAUACGCCAGUUAGUGCUGACAUGUGUGAUUCACCUCGUAUUAGUAAGCUGUUUGUGUAUAAAGAAUGCAAAUAUUUUUAUCUUAUGUCACUGCAUCCUCCCUCUCUUGGAUACAGACACUAUUGUUGUAAAUACAUUUUCUAUUCUCAGCUAUUAAGUGCAUAAAUCAUCACCAUUAUUUGUUAUAUUAAAUUAUAUUGUUUAAGGAAAUACAAAGUGAAGCGAG